GGGAGGCCCAGGGCAGAAACUAGAAGCUCUUUACCCCAGCUGUCCUGAGCACCGAGAGACAGCAGUGACCAUGGACAUCUGGAAGGAAGUGAGGGAAGAGGAGCUGGCAGCUCUGGGGAGGAGGUGGAUGGUGGUCAAACUUUCCCUGGGCCAGCAUGAGCCAGGGACUGGCGACCAGAAGACAUCGAUCCUCCUUCUUAGAGGGUGCCUGGGCCACAGUCCAAUCCUCCUGCUCCUGCAGCUGCUCUCUCUCAUUCUCCUCACUGGGCUCCUGGUGGCCAUCCUUGUCCCAGCACCCCGGAUUGCUAGGACCCAGCAGCAGGAGACCAUGAACCAGGAAAUAUCCCAGCUGAAAGUUAGAUUAGCCCACCUGUGCCGGCCCUGCUCCUGGGAUUGGACACUCUUCCAAGGAAACUGUUACUUCUUCUCCAAAUCCCUAAAGAACUGGACAGACUCUGUGACUGCCUGUGAAGAGAUGGAGGCUCAACUUGUCAUUAUCGAAAGUGACGAGGAGCAGCGCUUCCUUCUGGAGACUUCUAAGAAGAAUGGCUUAACCUGGAUAGGACUCUCGGACCGGAAGGAGGAAGGAGCAUGGAGUUGGAUGGAUGAUUCUCCUCUGCUGUACAAGUUCAGCAUGUACUGGCUAGAAGGGGAGCCCAACAAUAUCGAGGAGGAAGACUGUGCAGAAUUAAAAGGCGAUGGCUGGAAUGACAACAAAUGUGAAUUACACAAAUUCUGGAUCUGCAAGAAGCCUGAAAUCUCCUGCCCCCACAAGUGAACUCCAGCCUCAGUCCAUAGUCCUGCAGCCUGGAUGUACCUGCCAGGUGACAGCACUUGGCUCACUUGGUGUGUGAGCUUCUUCUCUCCGUCUUUGAGCAUUGAGAUCUUAGCCAUAGCUCUGAGGCGUUUGUUGGCCACAUUCCGCGUCCUCUAUGGGAAGGGGUCACUGCAGUAUUUCUCCUGGCCUCAAAGAAUGGUUGUAAUUCCAGCUCUGUUUUGCAGUUUAUCUGUCUCUCUGUCUCUGUCUCUCUGUCUCUCUAUGUCUCUCUCUCUCUCUGUCUCUGUGUCUGUCUCUCUCUCUCUCUUUCUUGAGACAGAUUCUCAGUAUGUAGUUCAGGCUGACCUGGAAUUGGCUUGUGCUCCAGAUUGGCCUUUAACUCCUAGUGAUCCUCUUCCCUCAGCCACUCCAGUGCUAGGAUUACAGGUGUGCAGUACACUUGACUGGCAGCCUCUCACAGUGGGCAUGGAGCUGGAUGUGUUCCACUAAACAGAUCCACCUUCCUCAUGGUUGCUACACUGUGUCAAUAUGAGAAGUUUAGAAGCUUAACUAAGUAACUUGCUAGUUCUACAUCCUAGUGUUUAAAGGACAUGCUGUAGGGCACUGUUUACCCGUCCUCUUUCUUCUUCUUCAGACUUCCAUUUCCUCUUUCUUUGCAUAGAAAACUUCUCUGCCCUUGAAAUUUCAGUUUAGAUGCUCCACAGGCAUCUCGUCUUCUUGCUCCUGCCUCUAGUCCUCCGAACUCAUGUAGCACCACAUGGUACCAGUCAUAGUAUGGUGUUUGUGCAUUUUCCAUGUACAGCUGAGCCCAGCUUGAGGGACAUGAUUAUAAACUUAAUCUCUGUUUUCUCCACUGGUCUAAUUGUUUUCAUCUCUAAUUUUCCUAAAAUUUCUACUGCCUCAUAAUAGGCACUCAAUAAUUGGGUGCUAAGUAAAUAAAUAAAUAUAAAUCUUGAGGAAAAAAAAGCUUACCUGAUUGAUUCAACAGGGGUACAGCGUCUUCACUUUGUAAACAUUCUGAGCCUGGGCAACCUGAGGGCAAGGAGAUACUGUGAUUGCUACACCCUCCCUAGGACACACAGCCUGCACACAAUAUAAGGCGCGGAAAGAGGCUGCCUCAUCCCUUUUUGUUCUUGCAUUUGCUGCCUUGACCCAUGCCUGCCUGCCUUGGAACCAGCUGUUUAUGGACUGAAACCUCCACAAACUGCCAGCUAAAUAAACCUUUUCUACUUUAA